UAUACUAAACAGAAACCCUUGAAUACCGUGGCACUCGACCACUGAUUGAUUUGCUAAACCGAUUGGGCGGUUGGCCUCUAAUGGGAAAGCGAUCCUAUUUCAAUCAAAGCAAAUAUGAUUGGAUUGAGUCGUUUGGCAAUUUAUAUGCUUUUACUGAGUAUAUGAUUACGUUUAGUGUACCUGAGUUUGGUUUAGGUCGCAAUCAGUUGAUUGAUACAUCUGUCCACUCAAAUAUUGUGAGCGCCUACAAGAAUUACAUACUGGGGUCGGCAUUACUAUUGGGUGGUUAUGAUGACAGCAUUACUCAAACUGAUAUUAAAGAACUUUUGGCUUUUGAGUCAAAACUAGCAAAAUUAUCGACAAAACCAGAAGACAUGAGAGAAUCGAAAGUAUGGUAUAAUAGGAUGACAUUCAAAGAAUUCAAUUCAUUGACAGGCAAUAGGACUGAUUGGCUAAAAGUGGCACAAUUUGUCUAUAAGAAAUUGAAUUCAAAUAUAAGAUUAAGCAUUAAAGACAGACUUAUUGUGGAUGACCUGGCUUACUAUAGGGAAGUGACUCGACUAGUGGUCACUACUCCGAGUCGAGUGAUUGCUAACCAUAUGGGUUGGCUCAUUGUUAAAAAACUAGCCGUUUAUACGACUGAAAGUUUUAGGCAACUUGAGUAUGAAUUCAAUAAAGUGGCCAAGGGUGUCAAGACAGCGGUACCCCUCACUAAACACUGUAUCGAGGCAUUGGAAAGCUACCUGCCAUUUGCUUACAGUAGGAAAUAUGUGGACAACCAUUUCAGUGAUAUAUCACGACAAGAGGCCAAAACUGUGGUCAAAUAUGUGCGAAGAGCACUGAAAAGAUCUCUAAAGGAUAACGAUUGGUUGGAUGACAUCACCAAAAAUAAAUCCAUUGAAAAACUUAGUGCUGUUGUAGAAGACAUCGGUUAUCCGGAUUGGAUGUUAGAUAACAAACAAUUGGACAAAUUGUAUAAUUUGUUACGUAAACCAGUUAAUAUCACUUUGAGUUGGCCCACAUAUCCUGCAAAAGUGAACGCAUACUAUGAUCCCACACAAAAUACAAUCACAAUACCGGCCGGCAUAUUAAGUCAGCCAUUCUUCCGAAACCAAGUGCCCUCUUAUCUCAAUUUUGGAUCCAUAGGAGUGGUAAUUGGACACGAAUAUACACAUGGAUUCGAUGACCAGGAAUUUGUAUUGUCCGAUAUAUACCGGUAUAUAUGGAUAGGCAGUGAAUACGAUCCCAAUGGAAAUUUAAUCAAUUGGUGGAACGGCUGCAUGAAAACAAUAUUCAAGGAAAAGACAAAAUGCUUUAUUAAUAAAUUCAGUCAAUAUGUUGUGCCGGAAGUGAAUAUGACAUUAAACGCGAGGAAUACUGUUGGAGAGGACAUAUCGGAUGCGGGAGGCAUUAAGCAGGCCUUCAAUGCCUUUAAAUCGUAUGAGAAAAAGUAUGGGGAAUCGCAAAGACUGCCGUUUGUGAACCAAUACUCUGCCGAUCAGUUAUUCUUCAUAUCCUAUGCAAAUAUAGCUUGUGGACUCAUAAGACCGGAGACACUGAAGGAUCAGAUAGAGUACGACCCCCACAGCCCUCAGAAAUACAGAGUUAAUCCACAUUUAAGUAAAUUUAAACCAUUUUCCGAUGCAUUUAAAUGUAAUUUGGGAACAAAAAUGAAUUCAAGUUUCAGUUGUGACCUUUGGUGAAAGAGAUUUUUAAUUAAUAUCAUUUGCAUGACAUUUAUCAUAC